UGAUACACAAACAAAAUGUAUGUGACUGUCAAAAAAUCAGAAGUCCAGAGUGGAGACAAUCACGAUUCCUACUCGUUCAUCUUGUGAAAUUCAAUUUGAAAAUGUUUUGAUUUUGUUUUGUUAAGCCAAACCAGAUGUAUUCUGAGCAUGAAAAUGGAUUCUGGCCAGAUUUUUCAGAAACACCUCUUGCAGUGGUUUUCAAUCAUUUCGUAGUUUGAUAUAGAUUUGGUGAAUUGUCAUCAUGAAUCCAGCUUACAUCCUAAUAUAUGGGGUCAUAGUUCUACUAUAAAUGAUCUUAUGUCAUACCUGUCACGUGAAAAUGUUCGAUACGAGUGUUCUGGACCGGGCCAUAACUUCCAUAUCACACAGGUUCGAAAGUUGUAUCACACAGACUUCCUUCAAGUAAAUCGAACCAUUUGGAGUGGGCCGAGCGUGGCAUGGUUGGCAAUUCGAAUACUUGAUUCGGACGUUGGACGUUGGUACCUAGGGUUAUACUGAAUAUACCGUGUUGAAUUCUAUAUUAAUCAUGAGCCACAUACAUUUUACGUUAUACAGAGAGCCCGAGCCCCAGAUCCUGGACUACCAGACCCAGCAGUAUAAACUGUUCCCCCAUCUGGCUGCAGCCUAUGGUUUCUGGUUCACUGUUCAGAACCUAGAGGCUCAUUAUGAACUGGUCAACUCCAAACUGCAAGAAGGAGACACCUCCGGUCUCCAAGAGUUACAUGCCCUGACUGCUGGUCUGAAGGCCUACACAACCUUAGCAGCACACCAUGGGAUAGAGGCAUGCAGACUGGCCUGUGGUGGACACGGGUACUCUCACGCCAGCGGACUGGUCUACUUGCUGACCAGCCAGGCCGUCACGGUGACCGGCGAGGGAGAGACGACAGUCAUGCUUCUUCAGUUAGCAAGGUAUCUGGUGAAAUGUUAUGCUAAGUCCCAGGCUGGAGCUAAACUCCCAUCCACAGUCAGCUACCUCCAGACCAUACAGUCAGCUGCUGUGUCAGGCGGGACCACAAGGGACAUCAACAGCUUUGACAUCCUAACUGAAGCUUAUCAACACAGAGCUGCUAGACUUGUGAAAGUUGCUGCCGAAGGAGUCAGGUUCAAGGUCGUAAAUGAAGGUCAGUCUGAAGCUGAAGCCUGGAACAACAGUUUGGUGUCACUGGUCAAGUGUGCAGAGGCUCACAGCCAGUUCUUUGUGGUGAAAACGUUUGUGGAGGCGGUCAGGACGGUAGAUGUGGAUGACUCUGUCAGGGCCGUUCUGACCACUCUCUGUCAGCUGUACGCCCUCCAUGGGAUCUGUGAACAUGCUGGAGACUUCCUUCAGGCUUCCUUUGAGUAA